AUGGCACAGUCUCCCAUGAUCUCGGUGCCUCUCAAGGCGACCAACGAGAUCGAUUGGGUUGAGCCUCUCAAGAGGUACAUCCGUGACACUUACGGCGACGAUCCCGAACGUUAUGCAGAGGAAUGCGCUACCUUGAAUCGUUUGAGACAAGACGUGAGAGGUGCUGGUAAGGAUAGUACAUCUGGAAGGGAUAUGCUCUAUCGAUACUAUGGGCAACUGGAGCUUCUCGAUUUACGAUUUCCGGUUGAUGAACAGCAUAUAAAAAUAUCCUUCACAUGGUUCGAUGCGUUUACCCACAAGUCUACUGCCCAGUAUUCACUCGCUUUCGAAAAAGCUUCCAUCAUAUUCAAUAUUUCUGCUGUUCUAUCCUGUCAUGCCGCCGCUCAGGAUCGCGGCGAGGAGUCCGCCCUCAAAACUGCAUACCAUAACUUCCAAGCAUCUGCUGGUAUGUUCACCUAUAUCAACGAGAACUUUCUUCAUGCGCCAUCUUCGGAUCUUAGCAGAGAGACAGUCAAAGCGUUGAUUCAUGUCAUGCUCGCACAAGCCCAAGAAGUCUUCCUUGAGAAGCAAGUCACCGAUAAGAAGAAGCCGGCACUACUUGCUAAAUUAGCUUCCCAGGCUGGCUACCUGUACAGCCAAGCUCUUGAGGGGGUGCAAGAGAACGUGACUAAAGCCAUAUUUGAGAAGGUUUGGUUGUUGAUGAUCCAGAUCAAAAGUAAUCUUCUCAAUUCUAUGGCACAAUAUUAUCAAGCCCAAGCGGACGAGGAACAGGACAAGCAAGGUAUUGCUGUGGGAAGAUUGCAAGCCGCCGAGACACAGGCAAAAGAAGCAGAACGCAUCGCCAGAAGCUUUCCUAGUUCGGUCCCCAUGAGCUCAAAUCUCAGUGCCGACUGUGGAGGGUUUCUUCAGGAAUUAACCAAAAGACAUCUCUCCACAGUCCAAAGCCACCUGCAGAGUGCCUUGAAGGAUAACGAUUAUAUCUACCACAAAGAAGUGCCUGCUGAAGCGAGCCUAGAAGCCGUCGCCAAACUACCUGCCGCAAAGCCUAUUCCUGUCAGCGAGCUGUAUGCCGGCCAGGAUAUCCAGCGCAUUACCGGGCCCGACCUAUUCGCAAAGAUCGUACCAUUUGCCGUCACCGAGUCGGCAAGUUUGUAUGAUGAAGAGAAGGCCAAGCUGGUGCGAGCUGAGGCAGAGCGGGUGGAUACAGCCAAUGGAGAGAUGGCAGCCAGUCUGGAUUAUUUGAGGCUCCCCGGAGCAUUGCAAGUUCUGAAGGGUGGGUUUGAUCAGGAUAUCUUACCUGACGAGGACUUCCGACAAUGGUGUGAGGAUGUUUCGGACCAAGAAAACCCGGUAACCUUGUUCGAUUCACUCAGAACGGAAAAGGACUCCAUCCUCUCAAUCCUGGACAAGAGCACGAAACAACUCGACAUGGAGGAAGGUGUUUGUGAGAAAAUGCGCUCAAAGUAUGAGAACGAAUGGACACAACAGCCAAGCUCAAGAUUGACAACGACGUUGCGAGGCGAUAUUCGGCACUACCGCGAGGCUUUGGAUGAAGCAUCGAGGAGCGACAACCAGUUGGCAGGCAAGCUGCGACAAAAUGAAAUGGACUUCGAUGAGAUGCGACGGGCCGCUAAAUCGGGCGAAGCUGACCAGCUCUUUCAGCGUGCUGUUGCCCAGGCACGGGCGAGAGGGAGCAAUGCGACUAGCCCUGCCGGCUUGGAACCCAAUCUUUUGGACGACGACUUUGACGAAGGACCCAGUGUGAUAGACCAGAUCAACAGGGUGGAAGAUAUCCUCAAGAAGCUGAAUUCCAUUAAGCGGGAACGCAACCAGGUAUUGAAAGAUUUGAAGGAGAAGGCGCACAACGAUGACAUCUCCCAAAUUCUCAUCCUCAACAAGAAGUCGAUAUCCAACUACGAAGCGCAACUGUUUGAGCAGGAAUUGGAAAAGUUCCGACCUCACCAAAACCGACUUCUGCAAGCGAAUCACAAGCAGUCAGCUUUGAUGAAGGAGCUCACAAGCGCAUUCAACCGACUGUUGCAGGACAAGCGAGUUCAGUCGGAACAGAGCAAAUACGAGACUAUUCAACGACAACGAUCGUCAGUUAUCAACCGAUAUAAGCGAGCUUACCAGGAGUUUCUCGAUCUUGUCGCAGGUCUGCAAAGUGCUAAGAACUGGUACGCAGAGAUGCGCGAGACAGUGGAGAGCUUGGAGAAGAACGUCGAUAGCUUCGUCAAUAACCGUAGAUCGGAAGGAGCGCAACUGCUCAACCAAAUUGAGCAGGAGAGGUCAUCCAACAAGAACUCGCAGGCUGAGAUGGAGCGCGAAAGACUGAGAGGGCUCAUGGACCGAAUGUCAAUGGAGCCAGCUAAGCCAUCGCAACAACCUCAACAAAGCCGACCUACGCCCCCGUCACAGUACCAGCAGAGCCAAGCUCCUCGAUAUCCCCAAACCAAUUAUCAAGGGCAAUAUCAGCAGCCAAACUCACCACCACCGCAACAGGCUCAACAACAGGCGUACCAGAACUUUUCUCCACCACCAACAACAACCCAGUCGUUUGGACCGCCUCCUAUCAACACUUUUGUCCAGCCUACAUAUAAUCCCAGCCAAUAUGGGCGUACACCUGGACCGACAUCGCCCCCUCCGAACCAAACGUCGUUCAACAUGAGCGGUUUCCGAGGACCUGCAUCACCACCUCCAAACCAGACGACGUUCGGACAGACUCAAUCGUUCGGCGGGUAUGGAGCAUCGUCGACACCGCAAACACAGGGAGGCUACGUACCGCCUGGAUUUGUGCCACCACCACCUCCUCCUGGACCUCCUCCACUGGGGCCUCAGCAGACGUUUCACUAUGGUAACCAACCUAGCAGCGCGCAUCCAAACAGUGCCUAUCCUCAAUCAGCUAUGCCACCGCAACAACAACAGCAGCAGCAGCAGCAGCAGCAAAACGAUCCCUGGGCAGGGUUGAAUGCAUGGAAGUAA